GCCUUCUGCGCCUGCAGCAAUCUUAGCUAAAUUUAAAAUGAAUGCAAAAGCAACAACACUUAUUAAGGCAACAAAAAGGAUUACAGAAAAAGUAUGUAACUUUGAUGGUGACAAUGAAAAUUCAAAAUACUGCAGUUGAAAGAUUUUCUGUACCUCACUUCAAUCACCAAUGCAAAUAAACUGCUAUCAAGAAAUCUGGAGAAUAGAUUUGGAAGGCCAUCCAUGAAGGAACCGGAGGAUUUGUCGCUGGAGAUAACCCAUACUAUGAUACUCCCAAUUACUUUGCAUUGAUGUGAAAGAUGGACAGUGAAGAAAUUGAAGUAAACAAUUGAAUUUAUUCAAAAUGUAUUGUAGGAGAGUUUUAUAAAUAUCAUGGACUACCAGAGCAGGUCAAGCCUGAAUGUUCUAAAAGAAGAAAAUGAUCAAGGCUUUGGGAGACCACUGAUUCAUAGUUAAUGAGAAGUGAGUUAAUAGCAAAUCAAUAGUAAUUACUCUCAACUAAUUUGCUUUGAUUUCCGUGAGUCCACCUAGGUAUUCAACUAGGUCGCAGUGGCAGAAACAGCAUCGGGCCAAGGCAGCCCCCACUGGGGCCGUGACGCCCCGCUAGCCAGUCAGCCAGAGGCGGCGUCGCAAGGUUGCCCAGAUCGUGAUUUAACAGUGCCGGGAAAACGUCCGAGCCCCGGCACGGCUCUGCCUAGGCGGCCGGAAAGAGGAGGGAGGGCCGCGGAGGAAGGGCCCAAGGCGACCAGAGGAGAAUGGCUUUCCUCCGCCGACCCUUCUCCUCGCUGGCCCUCCUCGCUCACUGCUGCUUUUGGGCUCUGCCGCCGGUCUCGGCGCUGCAAGAAAGAGGAAGGCCCGGCCUGGCCGACUUUGAGCGAAAGGGCGACCGGAGGCCCGCUUCGUCUGAGGGGAACGAACCGGCCGGGCCGUCGGUGUGGGAUGGCGACGAUGUCGACAGCGGCCUCUCGGCCGAGCUUCCUGUGGGCGCUUUUGACGAGGCAGCAGCGGCGGCGUCUUUCUUCCAACCGGCCGAGGUGACGCCGGGCCUCUUGAUGGGGGCGGCGGCGGCGCCUUCCUUCCGCGGCCCGGGCAACAACGACACCCGCCGCAACAAGGAGCUGCCGAUCCUGCUGUGGUGGAGCGGGAGCCUCUUCCCGCACUUCCCCGGCGACACGGAGCGCCUCGACUGCCCGCGCAGCUCCUGCUUGUCCACCAAGAACCGGCGGGUGAGGCUCCAGCGGCGGACGCGGGCCCUCCUUUUCUACGGGACGGACUUCCGGGCCUACGAGGCCCCUUUGCCGCGGCUGCCCCACCAGACCUGGGCCUUGUUCCACGAGGAGUCGCCCAUGAACAACUACCUUCUCUCCCACCGGCCCGGGAUCGCCCUCUUCAACUACACGGCCACUUUCCGCCGGGAGUCCGACUACCCUUUGAGCCUCCAGUGGCUGCCGGACUUGGCCUACCUGCGCCGGAGGCCGGCCUUCAGCCUGGCCGAGAAAGAGCGCUGGCGGCGGCGGCCGAGGAGGGAGGGCGGCCUGGCCCCCGUGCUCUACGCCCAGUCCCACUGCGACGUGCCUUCGGACCGAGACCGAUACGUGCGGGAGCUCAUGAAAUACAUCCCGGUGGAUUCUUAUGGUAAAUGCCUGAACAAUCGGGAGUUUCCCAGUAUGAGGCUGAGAGACACUUCUACAGCAACUACAGAGGAUUCUGAAUUUAUGACAUUUAUUUCUAAGUACAAGUUUCAUCUAGCGAUGGAGAAUGCCAUAUGCCACGAUUACAUGACAGAGAAACUUUGGCGGCCGAUGCAUGUCGGAGCGGUUCCAAUCUAUCGUGGUUCACCAUCAGUACGAGACUGGAUGCCUAAUGACCAUUCCAUCAUUCUCAUUGAUGAUUUUGAAAGCCCCAAAGAACUAGCUGAAUAUAUUGAUUUCUUGGACAGGAAUCCUGAUGAGUACUUGAAAUAUCUAGAGUACAAGAAUCCAGGUGGCUUUACAAACCAGUUCUUGAUAGAUAACAUGGAGAGACGUGAAUGGGGCGUGAAUGAUAUGACACUGCCUAAUUAUUUGAAUGGAUUUGAGUGUUUUGUCUGUGACAGGGAGAAUGCCAGAAUCAAUGCGGAGAAGGACCAUAAGAGGACUCACGGGAAACUGCCCGCUCCAGAACCUCAUAUAGCCCAGUUCACACACAUGGGGUGUCCCCCGCCUGCACCUGGAUAUGGAAACAUUGAAGAUAUUCCUGCAGGAGACAGCUGGAAGGAAAUGUGGCUCCAGGAUUAUUGGCAGAGCCUUGAUCAAGGUGAAGCUCUCACGGCUAUGAUUCACCACAAUGAAUCACAACAAGGGAAAUUUUGGGAUUACAUGCACAAAGUCUUUCUGAAGAGAACUGGGCAAAACUGACCCUUUAUCAAUGAAAUAUUCUUUUUCAUAUUAAAAACAAGCUAGCCAUUUUGGAACAUCAAUGAACAAAUAAAAUCUUAGUGAGCAAGAUAUGCACAACUGUCACCAUAAUAAAACUGAAGUUCUGGGACAACAUGGAGAUAAUCCCUUACAUGUUUUUCUGACUUUGGAGACUACCUUUUUCAUGGGUUCAAAGAGAAGUUCAACUUCAGACCAGAUUUUGUCAUUGUUUCAUUUCCUGGUGCUUCCAAAAGAGCAACAUCACCUUGCAGCCUAAGAAAAAGAUCUAGUGCAUAUGGUGAUGUAAAAAUGGUAUUAUUUUUACACAUGUGCUGAAUUACUUUGAACAUGGGCUAUUGUGCUUACAGUAAGCUAUAUUUCAGGGACUUUUCUUCCUUUCAUAAAUAUUCUACAUUAAUCAGUGGAGUUUUCCAAAAACUUCAUAUAGAGUUUUUAUCAGAGUGAUACUGAGGAAUUGUUUCAAGAAAGGAAUUGUUACUAUGAAAACGAUAAUUGGUUCUGAAACUGUUGACUGGAUUGUUCUCUCUGGGAAGUACUAUUUCCAUAACAGAUAUGCAUUUCCCUUUGCACAGAUCACUCCGUGGCCUUCCUAAAACUGUAAAUACAUUAAAGUUCAUUUUUUUCUGCCAAA